AAUACCAUCAGACUCUCUCUAGAGACUACGCAGACACCAUGCACGCUAAGGUCCUCCUUGUUGUUCUGGGCUUGGCUGCCCUUGUUGCAGCUGAUAGCAGGGAGACUUAUUCUUACGCUGCUCCCAGAGCCUCAUCCGGCUCCGAGGAAUCCUUCGAGUCCGGCGAGGUCAAGUACAACUUCAACUGGGCCGUGAGCGACGACUCCUCCAGCAACGAAUUCGGACACCAGGAGGCCCGCGACGGAGACGACACCCAGGGAUCCUACUACGUCCAGCUCCCCGACGGCCGCCUGCAGAAGGUGUCCUUCGUAGUUGACGGCGACGACGGGUACGUCGCUGAGGUGUCCUACGAAGGAGAGGCUCAGUUCCCCGAUUCCGACGAAUCCUUCGAGUCCCGCGAGGCUCCCAGGAGGUACUAUGGUGCUCCCGACUCCAACGAGUCUAAGUAAAUAGAGGAUUUGCGAUUAUCAUUCCUGCGAGAGGGUUUAAUUUAUUUAUUCGCGUCGAUUGUACUGACCUUUCUCAUGGCUGCCCAAUCCCAACGAUGUAAAUUUAUCCAUAUUUAAUUGAAUAAACCGACUAUACUCGA